GUGAGCGCGCGCUCCAAGAUGGCGGCGGCGGGGCCCGAGCCCGGCAGGAGCGGCGGCGGCUUCGGCGGUUCUUCCACCUUCAAGAAAUCCCUCACCCCCGAGAUGCCAGGAGGUUCAGGCCAGCCAGGCUCCCAGACCAUCAGGAAAGGCCACAGAGGGGUGGAUUCCACGGGGGAAACCACCUAUAAAAAGACCACCUCCUCGGCCCUGAAGGGCGCCAUCCAGCUGGGAAUCACGCACACCGUGGGCAGCCUGAGCACCAAGCCCGAGCGGGACGUGCUCAUGCAGGACUUCUACGUGGUGGAGAGCAUCUUCUUCCCCAGCGAGGGCAGCAACCUGACCCCAGCCCACCACUACAACGACUUCCGCUUCAAAACCUACGCGCCCGUUGCCUUCCGCUACUUCCGAGAGCUCUUCGGGAUCCGGCCCGACGAUUACCUGUACUCGCUGUGCAACGAGCCCCUGAUCGAGCUGUCCAACUCGGGGGCCAGCGGCUCGCUCUUCUACGUGUCGGGCGACGACGAGUUCAUCAUCAAGACCGUGCAGCACAAGGAGGCCGAGUUCCUGCAGAAGCUGCUGCCUGGCUACUACAUGAACCUAAACCAGAACCCCAGGACGCUGCUGCCCAAAUUUUACGGGCUCUACUGCGUGCAGGCCGGGGGCAAGAACAUCCGCAUCGUGGUGAUGAACAACCUGCUGCCCCGCUCCGUCAAGAUGCACCUCAAGUACGACCUCAAGGGCUCCACCUACAAGCGCAGGGCGUCCCAGAAGGAGAGGGACAAGGUCUUCCCCACCUACAAGGACCUGGAUUUCAUGCAGGACGUGCCCGACGGGCUCUUCCUGGACUCGGACAUGUACAACGCCCUGUGCAAGACGCUGCAGAGGGACUGCCUGGUGCUGCAGAGCUUCAAGAUCAUGGAUUACAGCCUGCUGGUGGCCAUCCACAACAUGGACGUGGCGCAGCGGGAGCAGGGCCCGGCCGACCCGGCCGACACGCGGCGCCCGGCGGCGCAGAAGGCUCUGUACUCCACUGCCAUGGAGUCCAUCCAGGGCGAGGCCAGGAGAGGGGGCACCAUCGAGACAGAUGAUCAGAUGGGAGGAAUUCCAGCCCGGAAUGCCCGGGGGGAGAGGCUGCUGCUCUACAUCGGCAUCAUCGACGUGUUACAGUCCUACAGGUUUGUCAAGAAGCUGGAGCACUCCUGGAAGGCCCUGGUGCACGACGGGGACACGGUGUCCGUGCACAGGCCCAGCUUUUACGCCGAGAGGUUCCAGCGCUUCAUGUGCAACACGGUGUUCAAGAAGAUCCCACUGAAACCUUCCCCUUCCAAGAAGAGCCGGAGCGGGCCGGCAAUUCCCAGACGGAGCUGCCAGGGGGGAAUCCCUGCCCAGCUCCACGUGGGCUCUGAGACCAAAGCACAAGUGACCACAGAGGCAGAUGUGGAGCAAGGGUCCCAGCUGGGCCGCCCGGACCUCCUGCCCAGGACUCUGCCCGUGGACGAGGCCAACAGCGACUCGGUGGCCACCACCCUGUCCACGUCCUCCCUGGGCAGUGGGGGCCUCAAUUCCCCUGCCAACAGGCAUCAUCCCCCUUCUGUUUCCCCAGCGGCUCCCCCGGCCCUGAGCGCUCCCUGGAGCUGAGAGAGCAGCUCCAAGAGCUGCAGGAGACAGAGAUCAGCUUUUGAGUCUGCGAUGGGAGCCCCACAAACCCCUCAGCCUCUCCCCCACCCCGGUGCUGAAGCCACCUGAUCCUCUUGGUUUGGGAAAAGCCCUGGAAGCUUGGAAAGCCUGGGAUAAAAAAAAAAACACCUUUGGGAUGGUGUUGGAAAAGCAGCAGGCACCUGGAAGUCUCCUCAGCACGGGAAUCCCGCUGGGAAAAGAGGAAGAGAAGGAGGAGGAAGAGGGAGAGGAGGAGGAGGAGGAGGAAGAGGAGGAGCUGCUCCAGCUGGGAUGAAACCCUUUGGAAAAAAAAAAAAAAGGAGGAUCCACGACUUUCAGGGAGUCACACUGCAAAAAAACCACAAACAACACCCAGGAGAUUCCCAGGGAAUUCCCAGAGGGAUCCCCAGAGCCUCGGUGGCGCCGGGAGAAACGUGAUUUUCUUUUAUACAUCAGGAUUUUUAAUUUAAUUGCUGCCCUGAAUUUGGUCCUGCCCCCUUUUUUUAGGGCUGCACACUCCGGGAAUUCUUGUUAUAUUUUAUUAAUAAAUAGGGGUUUUUUGGGGGGUUUUUUUGGGUUUUUUUUUACAGGAGAAAGGCAGAGAGAGGGGUGGAAAAAUCUCCCUCCUCCUCCUCCUCCCAGCAGGAUUUUUUUGGUUUUUAUGGGGGAGGAUUUGGGAUCUCUUUGGAGUUUCCCCCCCACACCCCAAGUUGUUUUUAAGCUCCUCCCUUUUCCUGGAAUUUUUGCAGCUGAAACACCCGAGAAAGGGGCACUUUUUUUAUUCAAAGUUUUUCCUAAAAAAAGAAAAAAAAAUCCAGGACCAAACCAAUCCCUUCUCCCACCCCCCUAAUCCCAGUUUUUCCAGCUCCUUUGGAUACCUCGCCUGGAAGAAUCCUCUGCCAGUGAACUGAAGCCAAAAUUCCAGCUGAAAACCCUGAAAUUCCAGCUGAAAACCCCGAAAUUCCAGCUGAAAACCCCAAAAUUCCAGCUGAAAACCCUGAAAUUCCAGCUGAAAACCCUGAAAUUCCAGCUGAAAACCCCGAAAUUCCAGCUGAAAACCCCUUAAUUCCAGCUGAAAACCUUGAAAUUCCAGCUGAAAACCCUGAAAUUCCAGCUGAAAACCCCCCAAAAUUCCAGUUUUUUUAUUUCAGGAGCCGGUUUUGGGGUUAAGGAGGAGCGGGAAGGAGGAAUUUUGGACACACCCCUUGGAAUCACCCCCUGGAUCCGCCCCUCAUCCCCAGCUCAACCUCCCGGAGCUCAAACCUUUGGACUUGGAUUUUCUGGAAAAUGGUUGUUUUUUUUAAAGUUAAAAAAAAAAAACAUUUUAAAGUUAAAAAAAAAGAAAAAAAAGAAAAAAAAGAAAAGAAAAAAAAAAGAAAAAAAAAAGAGGAACGAAACGAACUCUCCAAGGUUGGAAAAUUCUCUUUUUUUUUUUUAGUUUUUGGGGUUUUUUUUUUUACAGAGCUCUGGAAAAAAAAACCCAAAACCCAUGAAUUUAAAGAAUCCUCUGGGGGAUUUUCCUCGAGGAAGCGACGAAUGUAGAGCAGAAAAGGAGAUUUUUUUUGGCUUUUUAAAUUGAUAUUCCCGAGUUUCUCUCCCCCUUUUUUCCCAUUGGUGAUAUUUUUAUUUUUAAGGAAAAUUUGGGGGUUUUGGGGAGUUUUUUUGUUGUUCUUUUUUUGCUCCAAAAUGUGGAAUGGCCUUACUGUGGGGGGUGUGGAGCAGGAGUUGUUGGGAUCUCAAGGGCUGCUUCUCCUCCCACCCCCUUUUUUUUGUUUUCCCAACAGAUUCCCGAGAUCCCAGAGGAUCAAACCCCUCCCUCCCAGGGCUGUGGGGAUGGGGAAGAUCCUGCUGGAUUUUUUUCCCCUUCUCCCAGCACAUUUCCCUUUCUGGAAUAACUGUCUAUAUUAGACACUUCUUUCUUCCCCCUCCCAGCUCGAAUUAGUUCCUUAUUAUUUUUUUUUAUUUUAAUUUACCCAGGAGGGGGAAAAAAAACAAAACCCAAACCCCAAAACCCCAUUGGGGUUUGUUUUUUUUUUGAUUUUUUUUUUUCCAGGAUUUAAUAUUUAUGAAACUGUAUUUAAAAAGUGUGGGGGAUUUCAAGCCUUUUUUUAAUUUUUUUCUUUUCCUGGGAAUAAUUUACCCAGGAAUGGG